AUGGGGCUAUUUCGCAGCGGCCAUGCCGCCAUUUCCAUCUUGACUGUCGUUCUUCUUUACCCAUAUACACUCUUUGCAAGUCACUCAGAUGGUCUUUCGCCGUAUGGCAAUGGCUAUGCGCCAGACACUGUUCAUCCACAUAGCCAAGGCCAUGGACUGCACGAGUCUCGCGGCACUGAUUUAGACCCCAACGAAUUCAACAACUUGACAGUCACAGUUGAUCAGAGUUCUCGAUUUGAUCGAAGAGCUGCCAAAGACUUUUAUCUCAGAGUAAUGCCGCUUGGUGCUUCCAUUACUCAAGGCUACAAGUCUAGCGACGGUAAUGGCUACCGCAAGUGGCUUCGGGCUCAGCUCCGAUUCCGCGGAUGGAAGGUCAACAUGGUUGGAUCAGAGAGAGAUGGUACCAUGGCAGACUCGGACAACGAAGGUCAUCCUGGCUGGACCAUUGAGUCCGUCCACGGCGCUUGGACAAAAAGCAAGUGGAUGAAGCCGAACCUGGUUCUCAUCAACGCUGGAUUAAAUGACUGCAACUCCGGAGGCGACCCUAGCAAAGCUGGCGAACGAACAAAAAGCCUCGUUGAUGAUAUCUUCGACAGUGUCCCCGGCGUGACAGUUAUUCUAUCAACCCUCCUCCUCAACAAAGACUCCUCCAGAAACUCCUGCUCCGACGAUAUCAGUAAGCAAAUCCGAAAUGUCGCAGCAGGAUACAAAGGGGCACGCAUCGCCCUCGCCGACGUCCGAAGCGUCAUGUCCAUGGAUGACAUUGGCCCUGACAAAGACCACCCUACCGACGAUGGCUACAAGAUGUUUGCGGGUGUCUGGUGGGAUGCCAUCAGCAAGAUUGAAGACCAGAUCCAGGCACCUGCAAAGGUUGAUAAUAUCGAUGAUGCCGCUGGUGGUUCGAGUAACCAGUGUAAGAAGGUUGCUGGUAAUGCUGGCUUGCCUGGUCAGUCUCAGAUGGGCAGUGGUCAUGAUGAUGGCAAUUAUGUUCACAAGAGCACUUCGAAGGGUGUUAUUGAGAGUGCCAAGAUUGAUAAGGGGAGUGACCCAAAGCCAAUUACUGAUGCGAUUCCUUGGCAUAUUUUCUUCGCGAAUGUUGUCAAGGGCGACCCGAAUGCGGAACUGACUGCUUCUCUUGAUGAUUGGAUUCGUGUGUACCAUAACACGAAGGACAAGAAUGCAUACUGGUUCCGUCAGAACUUGGGAGGAGGCAAGUUUGGCAAGUCAGUUCAGUUCAAUGUUGACAUGAACUGCGAUCUGGGUCCUCGCUACGCGUUCGCCGAUUUUUUUGAGCAGAACAAUGACGGCCUCGACGACUUCUUUUGUAUCAAGGAGAACGCUGUAUGGGUCUCGCUCAAUCGAGGCGGAAACCCUCCCAAGUUUGAGAGCAUCGGCUAA